AUGGGACUCCGUGGCGCAGAUGCCAAGAGUGAUAGCAAGCUGUCCAGGCGGCCUACGUCUUCGGUGGAUGUUAGGGAAAUGGCUGCUGUGCUGACGAGCCAGUACCGCGAGGUCUGCUGCGGUCGAGUCAGCGACUCUGCCCUCGUCUGCAAGAAAAGGAGCGUCGGACAACCCGGCUGCCAGUUGCUAACGCUACCCGCCGAGAAUACUACGGAAACAAUCGAGAAACUCAAGAAUCUUAUCAAUGCAACGAGGUGUUCAUGCAGCUCUAAGAACAUAGAAUCGUCCGUUGUCGAAAACUUGGAGCAAACCACAGCACAGAACUUGAAAAAACCAGUU